GUUUUUUAUAAUUCGUUAUUUUUUGAAUAAUUUUUUAACAACAAAAUUCUGUAAAAUCGAUUUUAAUUAAAUUUGUCUACAAAAUGCCUGCUAUACAUGAAUUAAGUGCUGAGGAAAUGAAGAGGGCAAGCAAUAUUGUCACUACGCUUGGAGAUACAUUAAAAAUCUUUGAGGAACUUCGAAUAAAAAGCUUUGAAAACUGGCAAUUUGAUGAAAAUGAGAAAUGUUCUGUUCUCGAGAUGGCAAGAGCCGGAUUCUACUAUUCAGGCAAUUCAAAAGAUGAUGAUUCUGCGAUUUGUUUUGUUUGUGGAAAAGUUUUGGAUGGAUGGGAAAACACAGAUGAUCCAUGGAUGGAACAUCAAAAGCACUCAGCUAAUUGUAAAUUUGUUCAAAUGAGACGUUCGGAAGAUGAUUUGACGCUUGAAGAGUUCCUGGAUUUAUGUGAGCACAUCAUUAAACAGUUUCUUACAAAUCAAUUUCGCAAGAAGGAAGCAGCAUUUAUCAAGAGAAUUGAAAAGAUACGUGAUAUCCUUAAAAGUCAACAAUACUGAGCAUUCAACAGUACUUGAAAGCAUUUCAUUCAAUUAAAUUGCUCCUUAAUAAAUUGAAUUUACGUUUUUAUAAUGCCAUUUAAUGUUUUUAAAAAGAGAUCAUUACUUUUGCUUUUUUAUUCAUCGUUUAC